CGGUACGGUACGGUUCGCUUAAAACAAACUGGUUGGAUUAAGACGUUUGCAACGGACGCAUCAAAGGAUGGCUGUUUGGGGGAAAGUUAAAAUUGCCAGUACAACCACAACCUCCAAAGCUCCUCUGACGCGCACUCCAAGCAAAGCCGGUGCAUUGUUCAGCGAGACACUAACGGCGGCACUGGGGAAACGGAAGAGUAAAUUCAAGGAUAUAACCGACGAGCUCAAUCAGCAUAUCAAUAGCGAGGAACGAGAGGAGCUGUACCAGCGUCCACUGUUCAAUGCGGAUAAGAUUCGCCGCAUGAUGGAACGCAUCGUUGAGAAGCAGUUCGACGUGGACGAAGAAGAAAUGCGCUACGUUUACAAUCCGGCUAAAAACUUAAAAAUGUGCCAGAAUAUCUCGAAACAGAUUAAGGAUCGACUGAAGGCAAUGAACUUUAAACGUCAUCGCAUAAUCAGCAUUGCAACGAUCGUUGAGAAACAGCAGCAAGGAAUACACUACAAAAUGAAAUAUAUUCUAGACCCUAUACUAGAUGAUUAUGUGCGCCUGUACCAUGAAACGCCACAUUUUUACAUUAUUGCAACAGUUUUACUCGUGCAUAAGGACUGACGUGCAUUUUAAGU